CCUGCGCGGCGCCGGCGGGGCUUGCCCGUGCCGGCCGCCAUCGCCGCCAUCGCAGCCCCGCCCGCCGACCUCUCACCCGGGGCGGAGCCGGGCUGGGAGAGGCGGUGGCGGAGCUCGGGGCUUCGGCCGGACGGGGCUGAGAUUCUGCCCACUUGCCGCUGAAACCUCCGAAAAGAUUUAGUUAGAAACCGGAUUAAGUAUUAAGGCCGGAGACAUCUGGGAGCUGGGCCGGUAAAUCCCUGGAGCAGCGCGGUGGGUGUUCGGAGCAGUCCCAAGGCUUUUUUGAUGCCAGAAGAACGCAGUCAAACUACAAUGGCAGUUGACGAACUUCAAGCCAUAAUACAAAGAUGUCAAAUUCUGGAAGAAGCUGAUUUCAAAGGAGAAGAUUUUAAUCUGUUUCUGGUGGCAGGUCAGAAAUGUUUAGAAGAUGGAUAUGCAGCUCAGUUAUUAGAAGUAAUUCAAAAUGAGAAAAAUAAGGUUAUCAUCAAGAAUAUGGGUUGGAAUCUCAUCUCUCCUCUUGUUAGAUGUAUUUUCAUGUAUAAGCAAGAAGAUGAUAAGCGAGAACACUGCCUGAGGAUACUGGAUCAGUUGGCACAGAUAUGCAACCCAAAGGAAUUGUUUCUGGGUUUACUUGAGCAAAUUGAGCAGACCUCUGGAGAUCAGGUGUGUCAAACUGUCAUGUUAUUGCUUCAGCCUUUACAGACAGUGCUUUUGAAACUUCAGAACAAGAAGGCUUACUCAGUGGGUUUGUCGUUGGCCAUGAUCAUGAAUCAGCUUACUUCCUUACCUGUACCUUACACGAAACAACAAAUACAAGAAGACAAACUUGGUCUUUGUCAGUGUUGUAAUGCAGUGGUGGACUUUGCUAAACCCUUUGUGAAUGAAGUUGUUAAAAAUAUGGAAAAGUCGUCAGAAUACAAUGACAUGGAGCUGAAAGAAGAAUUAUUAAAAUUCUGUAUGAAAAGCCUGAAAUACCCAUUAUUGGCAGCUCAACUUGAACAACUUGAAGGCAUUGAAGAACAUCCUUUUCGGCAUUUUGCAACUGAAAUUAUAGACAUUUUGUGGAAUAUAAGAGAAUUGAUGCCAUUAGUGGUUUUACAUCAUAAAAGCAAAAGUCCGUGCUGGGAGAAUCAGGAGUUUGCAGACAUAGAGCGAAAGAAUUCCGCAGAUUCUUUGGCAUGUCUGUCAUAUCUGAUGUUUGUUCAGCAUUUUGGUAUCGAAUGCUUUCCAGUGGUUUUUAGCCCAGCAUACCUUCUGCUAUGCAAUAUGACACAUAUUGAAGUGCUACUGAAAAGAACAGAAGAAUCUGCAUUAUCUAAAGGACUUGAUCUGUUUGAGAGCAGUUUAUUGAGAAUGGAAGAUAACAGCCUUCUCCAUGACUAUUUAGAAUUCAGAGAUUUUAUUAAUGUACCUCAGGAUUUGGUGAAAAUUAUGACCCUUUGUCCCAUGGAGCAUCUGAGAAAGAAGAGUUUAAGUAUUUUGCAGUUGUUCAUAGACAAGUUUGACACUCAGGGAAAAUAUACAUUAUUCAGGUGUUUACUGAAGACAAGCAACCAUGCUGGUGUGGAAGGAUACAUUAUUAAAAAUAUAAAAGAUCAGAUUCACUUAUCAUUAACGAAGGAAUAUGACAACAUGUGGUUUACAGGACAUCACCUGAUCUCCCUUCUAGAUUUAGUACUUUCACUUCCAGAGGGUGCUGAGACAGAUCUUCUGCAAAACUCAGAUAGGAUUAUGGCAUCACUAAAUCUGCUGAGAUACUUAGUCAUUAAGGAUUGUGAAAGUGAUAAUCAAACUGGUGUAUGGACCACACUCACCAAGAUUGAGCAGAAUUUUUUAAAACCACUGCGUGUAGGACUCAACAUGUCAAAAGCACAUUAUGAAGCAGAAAUAAAAAAUAAGAAAGAAAACAGAAAAGAGGCCCACAGUUCUAACACAGUUUGUUCUGUAACUGUUAGUGGGGAAAAGAUGCCUGCCAUGACUACUGGAAUGCAGCUUCAGGUUUUACACUCGGCUCUCUUCACGUUUGAUUUAAUAGAAAGUGUUCUAGCUCGAGUAGAAGAACUCAUUGAAGUGAAAAUAAAAGCUGUAAUGGAUGACAAUAGUUAGGUCAGCUGAAGUAUUUGAAUUAACAUACUCCUUACAAGUUCAUUUAGACUGGGAGACUUUAGUUGCAAAGGAGGCUACCAGCCUUUAAAGAGGAGCAAUUUAGAAUGGCCUCCAGAAGAAUUGCAAAUGCUGCUCUUGUUGCAUGUGAUUCACAAAUAUGGUCUAUUUGCUCCUCUUCAGAAUUUGAUGCUUUCUCUUAAGUUUAGAAACUAAGAACAAGGUGGGGGUGUGCUCUUCUGUUGUGGCAAGGAGGUGUGGCUGGGCAUUUAUUUUUCUUUAAAUUCUCAGAAUUUGUUAGCUAGAGUUACUGACUGGUAUUGUGAAUUACAAACAUUUUUAUGAAGUGACUGAAGAACCAUUAAUUAAAAAGCACUGUUGCAGCACAAGGUAUUUUUAUUAGCAUGUUUUUAUGUUGACAAACAAGCUUCUAGAUUUGCAAACAGACUGUAAGGUAUUGCUAGAUAACAGUAUAGAAUAUAAUAUCUAUAGAUGGUAAAACACUGUGGCAAAGGAAAACCAGGUUUAAAGGAAAACACAUCAACUUUGAGCCAAGUAAGAUGUUAAAACUUAGUAACAUAACAGAUAAUGCCAGAGUUAAAAAAGCAGUGUAAGAUUUCAUGCAUAUACCUGUGUAUGCUUGGGAAACCUGUAUUUUGGAAUUGUUCUGAUCAUCCUUAUCUUUAAUGAUAAAGUUUUUCUUUAAGACAUAGUAAAUAUUUUGGGAAAUUAUUUAUAAACAGAUGAGUCUGUAAGUUCAGAAUCAAGUUAAAAAUAAGGAUGACUUUUCUAUAGUGCAGGUAAAUCACUUUUCCCCAUGCUUGGAAUGCAUGUUUGGUAUCAAGUAUGGUAUUUUUCACUGUAUAGUUAUUUAAUAUGAAUUUUCAUUCCAAAUGCAUAUGUUGUAUAUAGUCUUUUGAAAUGUAAUUAUAUUUUAAAGAACAUUCUAUAUUUUGUUUAAAAUGUAACCAUUCUAUUUAUGAAUAAAAACCCCAAACACUAAAUUAAUUACAGUGCGAUUGGUACUCCUGGAGCAUCUUCCAAACUGGACUUUUUUCUAUUAUUUGGGCUUUUAUCAUUUCCAUUUUGUAACGAGUAUCAUCUGCUUGUGGCUUGGAAGUUAUCUUAGGGAGAAAAAAAAUAUUAUGAGUAGGGCACAGUAACUCCUAGGUAAUAGAAUAUUCUACAUCCUAUAUUUCCAGUAGUACAAGUGCAAAAUUAUUCAGCGGUGAAAUCUGAAUCAUGUUCUGCAGUAAGUAUUCAGGAAUGAUGUACACAGAGGUGACGGAAUUUCAACUGGAGCUGGGAAUGGUAGCUCGGGAUUAGUUGGAUGGUAUUGCUCCCUUGGCCAUAUCUAUUAACCUGGGGCAAAGCGGUGAUUUUUAGGCCUUGUACCAGUUAGGGAUUCUCUGGCAAAUGAUGAGCUCAUUAAACUGGCUUUGCAUCAGUAAGAAAGAAUGCAGUGGCAACCAGCGGACGUGAUAGGUGCUGUCACCACUUCUUACAGGGCUCUCCUGUUGAAGGCUGGUGCAAAUGUUCUGAACAAGUAGAACAGCAAAUUACUGCUGAACCUAUAAACUUGAAUCUUAAAAGCUUUUAGGUAAAUGCUGUAUUAAGAGACUGGGCAUCACUAUAUUCAGGAAAGCAUAGAAAGUAAAUUAGUUUUUGAUUCCUUCCUAACAAGUCAUUCAACCUGAUCUUUCUAGUUUUGGUACAUGGGAUACUGCUAGUACUGAUACAGUUCAUAUCUAAAGUUAGAGUUUUCAUGGAAAAAUGGCCUUUAAAGAGUUUCAGUAAAUUGAUUUAAUUAAUAAUAUGUUCUGAUACUGGAUAUGUUGCAGAUCCACAGAUACAUGACAGUAAGCUGUAGCAGUAAUAUACUAGCGUGUGCAUCACUAAAAAUUCACAAGUAACUACUUGUAACUAAGUUUUAAGAUAGCAUUUUUACUUUACGUUGAAUUCAUUACAUAUUUAGAUCUUAUGCAUGAAGACAUUCUAACUUAACAGUGGUAAGUAAGAGCCAAAUGAGCUCUUAAAUAUCUAAUGUGUCUUUGUAGAUGCUAUUAAGACCUUUUAAGUUACCUUUAACAAUAGUUUAAAGACUCAGCUAAAACAUAAGAGGACCAAUCCUACCUCAGUGUAUUAAUGGAUUGUGGUCAGUAGAACCCAGAGUUCCAUUAAGGAAAACCAAAUGUUUUAUAGUUCUUGGUUUUUCUUGAUAAAUAUACUAGUAUUUUUAAGUAAAUGCAACUGGACUUACCUUAGCCAUAGUUAGCAUUAAUUUAACAGUUUCAGCAGGAUUAUGAACUGGUAUUACACGUAAAU